CAGUGACGCCCCGGGUCCACUGCCACCUCUCCGCAUUGCGUCACCUCGCCGUCCCGUCCUUCCAGAGUCUUCCACAAGCGCCUCCACGACUUCCUCGCAGGACGUCCGAGGAGCACUCCUCCGCCGGCUCACCGCGGAGGGGGACGGAGCGAUGGAGCGGACGGGGCCAGGGCUGCCGGAGGGGAUGGAGGCGCUGUCGCGGCAGGCGAGCGCGCUGCGGGAGGCUUUGGGGCGGAGCGAGGAGAACACGCAGGGCAUGGUCGCCGCCCUCGGCUCCUUCGACAGCCGCGUCUCCGCGAUCGAGGCCUCCAUCCGCCCCGCCCAGGUGAGGACGCAGGCCAUCACGAUGGCGCACGAGAACAUCGACAGGACCAUCGAGAACGCCGAGGCCAUCCUCGCACAGUUCGACAUCGUCCGCCGGGCUGAAGCUGUGAUAUUGAGGGGUCCACAUGAGAACCUGAAGAUCUUCUUGGAGGCUGUGGAUCUGCUGAAAGGUGUCGUCAACUUCUUUUCCUUGAACAAGAACUUUAAGAGCUGUGAAGGGGUUCUGAAUCAAGUCAACAACCUCCUAACCAAGUCUGCUCUGAAGAUUGAGGAGGAAUUCAGGCAGUUAAUGGGUACUUACAGCAAGCCUAUUGAGCCCAAUCAUCUAUUCGAUUGCCUUCUAAAGCAUCUGAUGGUAUCAAGACGCGACUCCGAAGCAGUUGGAGAGCAGCCAUCUAAAAGCUUUGAAACUGCUAUACACCCGACAUUAAUUCCUUCAGGAAUAUUACCACUUCUGCAUGAUAUAGCUUGUCAGUUGGUUCAGGAUGGAAAUCAGCAGUCAUGCUAUAGAAUUUACAGAGAUGCACGUGGCUCGGCAUUAGAACUGAGCCUUCGAAAUCUGGGCAUAGAAAAGCUAAGUAAAGAUGAUGUAGAAAGGAUGCAGCGGGUGGCCUUACAAGUGAAUAUUGGAACCUGGACUCAGUGUAUGCAAAUUACGGUUAAAGUAUUACUUGCUGGAGAAAGAAAAAUCUGUAAUCAGAUUUUCGAUGGUAUCACUUUCAACAAGGAACAAUGUUUCGCGGAACUGGCCAAAGGCAGUGUUAUGACUCUUCUCAGCUUUGGUGAUACUGUUGCUAGAAGUAAAAGGUCUCAUGAAAAUUUGUUUAUACUGCUAGAGAUGUAUGGAGUAAUGCAUGAACUUCAGUCUGAGGUUGAAGUAAUUUUUCAAGGAAAGUUUUGCUCUGAGAUGAGGGAGGCUGCAUUGAACCUGACAAAGAGCUUGGCACAGGUUGCCCAAGAAAUUUUGGUUGAUUUUGAGGACGCAGUUGUAAAGGAUAGUUCAAAGACUAACAUGCAGAAUGGAACUGUCCAUCCUUUUACAUUCGAAGUGAUUAAAUAUGUUAAAUCCCUAUUAGAUUACCAAUCGACACUGAAAAUACUAUUUCAGCAACCUGAAACUGGCAGUGAGACUGAAUCUCAGCUUGCAGUUGUUAUCAUGAAGAUUAUGCAGGCCCUUCAGAAUAACUUGAAUGGGAAAUCUAAACAGUACAAGGAUCCUGCAUUGUCUCACAUAUUUCUUAUGAAUAACCUUCAUUAUAUGGUUACGUCUGUUCGCAGAUCUCAAGCCAAGGAUAUACUCGGUGAUGACUGGAUUCAGAGGCACCGUAAGAUUGUACAGCAAAAUGCCAAUCAGUACAAGAGGGUAGCAUGGGCAAGGAUUCUUCAGACACUCACCAUUCAAGCCACAGGUGGCACUGGUUCGUCAGCACCAUCAGAUGUUAGCAGCAGUGGAGUUUCAAGGAGUAUGAUCAAAGAACGGUUUAAGUCCUUCAAUGCGCAAUUUGAAGAGCUUCACGCAAUUCAAUCUCAAUGGACUAUACCUGAUCAGGAAUUGCGAGAUAAUCUGAGGCUUGCCGUAGCUGAAGUUUUCUUGCCCGCAUAUAGGUCUUUCAUCAACCGUUUUGGGAAUCUUGUUCAACGUGAGAAGAACCCACAUAAGCACAUCAAACACUCACCAGAAGCUUUGGAGCAGUUGUUGGGUCAGUUCUUCCAAGGACAGCAAGUUGGUGAACAAAAGCAUUAAGGACUGCGAGCAUUUAAGAGGAGGAGCCUUAAGUAAAGUUUUGUAGCGCAGCUUAUGGCAAAUAUUUUCAUAGUGGUGUAGCUUGACUUCGACUCACUCUGCAACACCUGCAAAGCUGGAUCUCACGUUCUUGGGUUACUUGGCUGGGUAGCCUCCCAUGUUAACAGUUGAAAAAAGACAUUAUUGGCACCUGCAACCGCAGGAUAUUUUCCCCGAUUUCACUUUGUUAUACAUGUGCUAAUUUGCCGUUC